AUGUCCGCGCGCGAGCGCGCUUCCGGCGCGGCUGCUAGCGGCGCUAGCAACCCCGUAAGCAACGGAACGGUUACUAACCGCUUUAAAGCCAGCAAUAAUACCACUAUAACCAACGCCUUUAACCCUUUUUUAACGCGCAUUAGCAUUGUAAAUUUAAAAAACCAAUUAAUCGAAAUAUUAAAGCCUUUCGUACCUUUCGGUAAUACCAAAUUAAUGUUUAAAAUUCAAAUUACCAAUUACGCUUCGAUUUUAACAACCGCGUUUGUUAAAACGCCGCUAACAAUAAUAAUAAAUUAUUGUACGAAUUUAAAGCGCAAAAUAUUGGGGCAAAAAUUAAUUUUAUUUAUAUAUAAAACGUUCGGUAAUUAA